AUGAGCAGGAGUUUCUCCACCAUCCCGCCGGAUGGUUUUCACGCUGGGCACCUCCAGCACGCUAUUAUGGCGUUCAAGAAUGUCCCCGGCCGCAUGGGGCUCUUCUGGCAAGAUCCUUUCGCCCCAAGUAAAGCGAAACUCUGCAAAGCCGUCGGCGUCCUUGUCGAUGAGCAGAUCCGCCCAGACCACGAGCAGUUGGCCGAAAGGCUGAUGAACCAGCGUCUUGAGACUCUUCCAAGCGUCUACGAUCCAGCGGUAUAUAACCUGGAUGCACUCACCUGCAUGCCCUGUGCCAACGCCCGCCUGGGCCAUUGCGACAUAGCAAGCCAACCACCAGGCACCCACUGCACCAAUUGCAUUCUUUGGCGCAAAGACUCGUGCGAUUGUAACAACGGUCUGAUGGUACCUCUGAUGGAGGCUCUGGUCGCACAGGCCGAAACACGCCCUGGGCAGCCACUUACGCCGCCUAAAGAUUACACUGUGCUUGCUGCAGACGAGCGACAGCAGCAUACGAGGGACUUCUGCGAACGUCAUUUUGGCGUCCACUUCGAAUGGCCACAAGCUCAGCCGCCUUCACCUCAGAUGCCUCUCGCCAUCCAGAACAACGCGCUCGGAUUAGCUGGAAAAGACUUGCGAGAGAAAGUCAAGGCGCGCAAGCAGCAGAAACAAGCUAAACGCAAGGAGAAUGCUGCUAUCUUUGGCAAACAUCAACGAAACGGUCAAGACCCUGCUCGAAAGAGUGGCAGUCCGACAGCGAAAUAUGGCCGGUUAAGGAAGCAGGCGAUUGUUGUUUUGCCUCUGGGCCAAGCGGACCCAUUGCCCACCGUGCAUAAAAGGCCAUGGAAUGUUGAGCCGGGCACAUCAGUCAUCGUCCAGAAAGACGGCCCAGCUCUGAGCGUCAAAGAGCACGCCAUGGCUUCAGCCGGUGCGGGCAAACGUAAGCUGGAAUGA